AUGGCCGACAACAAGGUAUUUCGCGCGAGUACCACCGCGCCCGUCAACAUUGCCGUUGUCAAAUACUGGGGCAAGCGUGACCCAAAGCUCAACCUGCCAACCAACAGCUCGAUCUCCGUGACCCUCUCCCAAGACGACCUGCGAACGCUCACCACGGCCUCCUGCUCUGCCUCGUACUCAGGAGACAGCUUGACUCUCAAUGGCCAGUCCACCGACGUCUCUGGCGCGCGAACCCAAGCCUGCUUCCGCGAGCUGCGCGAACGUCGGGCGGCGAUUGAGCAGAAUGACUCUUUGCUCCCCAAGAUCUCGACGCUGCCGUUGAAGGUCGUCUCCGAGAACAACUUCCCCACGGCCGCUGGUCUCGCCUCGUCAGCGGCCGGUUUUGCCGCCCUUGUAAGGGCCAUCGCCAAUCUGUAUGAGCUGCCUGACUCACCGGAGGAUCUCUCGAGAAUCGCCCGUCAAGGCUCUGGGUCAGCCUGUCGCAGUUUGUUUGGUGGCUACGCUGCUUGGCGCAUGGGCGACAAGGACGAUGGCAGCGACUCGCAGGCCCAGCUGAUUGCCCCCGCCUCCCACUGGCCCAACAUGCGCGCCCUGAUUCUCGUCGUCAACGCGGCUAAAAAGGACGUCCCGUCAACCUCUGGCAUGCAGCAGACCGUCGCAACCUCCGGUCUCUUCCAGCAACGGAUAGCGCACGUCGUGCCCGCUAACAUGAAGCUCAUGGAGGAGGCCAUCCACAACAAGGACUUUGCCACAUUCGCCGAGGUGACCAUGCGCGAGUCCAACUCCUUCCACUCGUGUGCAGCCGACACCUACCCGCCCAUCUUCUACAUGAACGACGCCUCGCGAGCGGCCAUUCGUGCGGUGGAGGCGCUCAAUGCGGCGGCUGGAAAGACCAUUGCUGCGUACACCUACGACGCCGGGCCGAACUGUGUCAUCUACUUCCUGGAGGAGGACCAGGAGACUGUUGUUGGUGCUUUCUAUAGGUUCUUGAGUGGCGUGUCUGGGUGGAAGGACAGCGCCGCCAAGGCCCAGUCCGCUGUCAACUUGCCCGAGAACAUCGUGUCGAUCCUCAAGGAUGGCGUUGGUCGUGUUAUCCAGACCAGUGUUGGCGAGGGUCCCCAGAAGACGGAGGAAUACCUGAUUGAUGAAGCCGGCGCGACGGUUCAGCGAUGA